CGAGCAGUCGCUGCUCGUGACGCACAUCUCGACCCUGCCCCAACACCCUCCAGUCCAUUGGCGGCAGGCUCGCCAAAAUGCGCAGGCCAAUCCGGUUUGACAACCUCGUGCGGCCGAAAUUGCGGCAGUCGUGGAGCAAGCUUAAUCUCUACAACCUGUCCCGCAACGUUGGCCGCGAGCCGCAGAUCCGUGGCACGCCGACCUUCUUCCAGCAGAAGUGGGCUGCCAAGUCCAAGACGAGAGGCUACCACGGCGAGCACAUCCCCGAGAAGAAAUGGGUGCGCCUUUUCUCCCGCCGCCUCCUCUCUGCCGUCGACCUGCCGCCGCAAUACCUCGCCGCCAAUGACGGCUCUGAGCAGGCCACCGGUCGUGGUUCUGGCCUCACCACAUCGAGCCUCACUGCCGAGUCCUACUCCAGGGUCCCCAAGCUCAGCACCAAGGAUUCGUCGCGCCGACGGCCGCCUCCUUUCGGCGACGUCAACAAGCUCCUUUCGGAUCAGUUCACCAACAUGACACCCUACAUGCAAAUGACGUUUGCGCCGCUCGAACGGAGGCUUGACACUGCCGUCUUCCGGGCCUUGUUUGCAAGCAGCGUGCGUCAGGCACGCCAGUCGGUCAUUCACGGCGCCGUCAAGGUCAAUGGUAAAAAGAUGAUCCACCCUUCGUAUCAACUGAACCCCGGCGACAUGUUCCAGGUCGACAUCGAAAGGGUCAUGUACUGCACUGGCCUGAAAAAGGUCAAUCGCCACAGCAGGACCCUGCUCCGCAGCCUAGAGAAGGGCAAGAAGCAGUUCGCUUUCUUUCUUCCGUCGGCCGUCAACGAAGGCACUGAUGGCAAGGCCUCAGACGGGGCUGCAGUCAACGCAGAGGCUACCGAGGGCCAAAAAGAAGCCAGCGCAUCCGCUGAAAUGGAGGGCGCUGUCAAGGCUGAAGGCUCCGAUGCUAGGGAGGCUAAACAUCCCAAUCCUGACUCCUGGAGUGAAAAGAAGCAAUGGUCGCGAACAAACAGGGCACUCAGGUUCCUGCUCAGUAACGUCAAGACUGUCUUGGAAACCAAGCCGCGGGAACUGACCGGGAGAGACAAGCGGCGUCUUCGGUUGUUCAGGGCUAGCGCCAAGCGCUUCCUAUCACAUCCCCAAGACCACGAGAUGGACGCCCAGGAGCUCAUGGAGGAGCUUCAGCUUCAAAUGAAAAGUCAUGAACUCAUGCGCGAGACAUUCAAGAGGCUCAAUAUCAAGGGUGAGAAGGCGGAGGAAGUGCAAGAAUCGCAGCAAUACAACAGGCAAGGUCGUACGGACAAGGAUCUGGAGGGCCUGUCCGAGGAGCAAAAGGAGAGGGCGUUGCUCAUCAGGAGCCGGUUUCAGCUAUCGAGGGAUGAGGUGCGCAAGCUGGGCAGGCUUCUCCAAGUCGAUGAGGAAAAUCCCGUCGACGAGACAAAGCCGUACGCAACGCCGUGGCAGCCGCGGCCAUAUAUGUCGGCCUUUGCCUUCAUCCCACGUUACCUCGAGGUGAACCCCAACAUUUGCGCAGCCGUGUACCUUCGACACCCGGUCGCUCGCAAGGGCAUGGCAGAGGUGCCAACGCCCUUCAGCUACCUGACGAACCAGCUGGCUCACAAUUGGUAUCUGGAGCGGGGUUGAGAGGUAGCUCAGACGUUCGUUGCGACAAGGGCUAAGCUUGCGUGAAGAAGGGGGUGGACUGCGUCUGUACGAUGCUACUGUCGACGGCUAAGUAGCCUUUGUGGAGGAAUGCGCGGGCGAAACAGCGGGAGGUAGACUGGACAAGCCUGGGUCGCCUACCCCUUGUGUACAAUACAAAGAGCAAGAAGACUGUGUGUUACAAGUAGAUGAGCACAAAUUUCACCGGAAACGGAGCCAUCUAGCAUGGCGUGCAAAC